AUGUCGCUCCUCGUUGUGACGCCACGAGUCUCUUGCGCCAUUGCCACCGCCACCAUCGAUGUCUUGUGUCGCUCUAGAGGUGGAAUGCGCCGCGGCUCUGUUGCUCGUCGCGCGCUUACAUCAUCAUGGACCGGUCGGACUGCCCUCCCUCUGCUAGCAAGAGAAGGAUCAGAAGAGGGUGCUGCCGGUGGCGGAUCAGCAGGAAGAUCUGGGCGGGCGAGGAGACCGCCGCCACCACCGCCGUUUCCGGUGGUGGACUCGUGUCCGGAAGCAACGUGUACGUGCGAGGCGAUGCCAGAGCUGCCGGCCGAGCUGCCAAUUGACCACGAGAGCCGGCUCAACGGGCUCAUCUCGGCCUACAACGAGCAGGUGAUUGUGUGCACGGGCAAAGACGACUGGCCGUCGCGCAUCGAGGACGACAACAGCGGCGACAAUCUGGCGGCCGACCUGAAGGAGCUCUUUGGGCGGGGAGGAAAGUACAGUGAUCCGUUUCACAACGUCUCCGUGCUGAACGCCUCGUUUGCGCCGUCGGUGCCGCUCGGCCGUCCGGAACUGCAGACGUCGUCGGCUUACCUGCUGCCCAGCUUUCGGUAUGUGCCCUUUCUGCCGCGCGUCUCGUUUGAUAGCGUCGACGCCCUGGCCAAAGGUUAUUUGUUGCCCGAGCAUCUGCACUCAGCCCACGCCGGCUUGCUCUCGCCUGUGCACCGUGACCGCCUGACGCGCCAGCCGGCUUACCGUCGUCUACUCUGGGGGGUCCGCGACCGCGUCGACGACGUGCUCGUGCUUGUCUGCGGCCACGGCGGCCGUGAUGCUCGCUGUGGUCUCGUCGGCCCAGUGCUGCGCUCCGAAUUUGAGCGCCAGCUGGCUCGCGUCGACAUCACUCCGCUGCAUGGACCCGUCGCCAUCCCGGAAGAGGAGAUGGCCGCGGCCACGGCAAACGCUUGGUCAACAUCGCCGUCGUCAGAACAGAAAAAAGCCCUCGACGCACCCUUGGACGACAGCAGCAGUACCAGCAGCCGCUCAGCCUCGAUCAUCGCCUCCACAACGGCAAAAUCACGAACCGCCCGGGUCGGUCUCAUCAGUCACAUCGGCGGACACAAGUUUGCCGGCAACGUCAUCAUCUACCUACCGCCUUCACUGCGCGCUCUCGACGGCUUCACGCCACACCCGCUGGCCGGCUACGGCGUUUGGUACGGCCGGGUUGAGCCCAAACAUGUUGAGGGCCUCGUGCUCGAGACCAUCCUUCGUGGCAACGUGGUCACAGAUCACUUCCGCGGCGCCAUCAACAGCAACCGGGACAUCAUCCGCUUAUAG